UUGUCUUGGGGAACUGUAUGUAGUCUUCCUUGCUUGGGCUGUUGAAAAAAUAUGUGAUAUAGUCAACACAUUAGUACUGCAACACUGCUGCUGGGAAGAGGAGGCAGAAGUAUUUACUUGUUAAGACACCUUCCCCUUCCACUUCUCUGUCUUUCACCACUUUCCUCCCAGCCAGCUGAGAGUUAAUACACACAGAGGAAUUGAGAAAGAAAUGUUGGCUGUUACUCAUUUGCACAUGCUGUAUUGCCUAUUAACUAAAUGUAAACGUUGAAGUUAAAAACCAAGCAAAAAAAGUAGGACAGGGGAGAAGGAAAUUAAAACAGGGAUUGGCAUUUCUUUGGCAGUAGUGAAGGUUAUUGUAUAUGCAUGCUAAUCCAACCUUUCCUCUUCAUAAACUCAGAGCAGGACUGCAGCCUCACAACAACCCUGUGAGCAUGUCGGUUUUCCGCUCAGGCCUGCUGGUUCUGACAUCGCCACUGUCAGCACUUUCCUUGCGCCUGGUACCCAUUCUCGCCUCAGCUGCCCGGCUGGUACAAGACACGCUCUAUAUUCACCUGCAGCCAGGCCUCAGCUUGACCGGCUCCACACAGCCCCGUUCCACGUAUGUCCCUGCUACAUCUGAAGUGUACACCCUUAUCAGCAAGUUAUAUGCCAACGCUGACAUCCAUCGCCACCUCAAUGUCCGGGUGCUGCUUACCAACAUCCUCAAUCAGGGAGCUGCUCCUCCGGCACUUGGAUCUGUGCAGAACCUCUCCCAACCUCCUGAAGUGGUGCUUACUGACUUUGAAACCGGAGAUGGAGGGCAAUCCAACCCAGUCAAGCAGCGGCUGGAGCGUUACGCUACCAGCUGCUACAGCUGUCGCCCCAAUCUCAUCUCUGUUUUGUUAUACCCUGAGUAUGAGCUAGAAGUCAGCGAUGAGGAGCUGUCCGCACAGCAUGAGACCAACUCAACUGAGGAGCCACUGCAGAGCUACAGUGAUGUCGUCGUAGGGGGCACUUUCGAUAGACUUCACAACGGUCACAAGAUCCUUCUGAGUGUGAGCUGCAUGUUGGCAGAAAAUCGACUUCUGGUGGGCGUCUCCGACAGAGAUCUCCUGGAAACCAAGAUGCUGAAAGAGCUGAUCUUGCCCUUUGAGCAGCGUGUGGCUCAGCUCAGUGAAUUCCUGGUGGAUAUCAAGCCCUCCUUGCGGUAUGAAAUCUCCCCCCUGUUUGACUACUUUGGCCCAUCCAUCACUGACUGCAAACUGAAGUGCAUCAUAGUCAGCGAAGAGACCCUCAAGGGUGGUCUUGCCGUCAACAGGAGGAGGGUGGAAAAUGGUCUCCCUGAGCUGGCUGUCCACAUCAUCAAGCUGGCUCUUGACCCCCAGCAUGGCAGGAAUGAGGAAGAGAAGAUCAGCUCUUCUAGCCUGCGGUACAGACUGCUUGGGACUCUGUUACGCUGCCCACAUAAAGAUCCAGGUGUCCCUUGCCACCCCUACGUUAUUGGGCUGACAGGAGGGUCUGGUAGUGGCAAGAGUUCCAUUGCGCAACAUCUGUUCGCCUCGGUGCUUUUCCAUUUGGAUAUGGACAGUCUUGGACACAACAUCUACCAUCCAGGAGGUCCUGUGUAUGCACAGGUGGUAGAAGCAUUUGGAACAGGUAUUUCAGACUUCCUGGGAGGUUGUGUUUCAGGAAUUACUCCUAAACAAUGUUUGGUUAUCUCUCCCUCUUGGUCCCCUAGCCCACAGCCUGGCUGCUUUUUGUCUCUAGACACUAUGUAUGCCCCAAUCCCAAUUCCAGACCUAGUUUUCCCUUUUCUAUUUGUCUUUUUGUUUUUAACAAAGUUGCAUUGUUCAUCACAUGUUAUUGCUGACAGUUUCCCCCGAGCAGUUAGAAAGUUUGUGAACAUGCAAACUAUGGUUUGAUGUGAAUGAUUUCUGUAGCACUCCUUUCCUACUGCUGCUGUGCUGCAGACAAAACAAGAUAGAGUCUGGCUUGUUACGUUGUCUG